AUGAAGGCGUCAUAUGCAGAUCAGUUUUCAGAGGACAGUUACACUGCGAAGUUUUCCUCUGAUCGAUGGGACAGAUGGUCACACAGAAGUUCUGGUAGCGUGUUCGACGGAACCACCAGCGACAUGGACGACAGUUCGAUGAACACUGUUGUGAGUGCCGUGUCGCCUAUGGACCGAAAUGCGGCUACAUCAGAAUCAGGUAUAUCUGACAGCACAUCCGUGUAUCCCGUGGUCGAGAAUACACAGUUGAAAGUCCAAUGCCAACAGAUGAUCGAGCAUCUGAAGAGCAUGCUAACGUAUGUAUAUGACUUUUACGUAGUGGUGUGUCACGGUCAAAGGGAACAUUACCACACGCUCUUGCGAGAGCUCAGCCUCAAAAUCAGACCCAAUCUCAUCCGAAUGGACGAACAGGUGGUGUCACGACAGGAGGUGGUGCGCAAAAACCUAGACAAGUGUCACAUCAGUGAUCACAGUGUGCAAUGGCUCCUUCAGUUCAAUAAGCUAUUCAUCACAAUGCGCGAAAUCAUAGGUAGAUUAACCCUGGUCAUCAUCGAUGAGCUAGAGCGAAUAAUCACCUUGAAAAUUCGUGGCUGUGGGAAGGUAUUGGCACAAUACGACUUGGAGGAAGAAAUGGACAAGAUCGUUUGUUCGGUACAGUCUUUGGCAAUCGAACUUUCUAAGCAGGAUGCAGUCGAUGAUAUCAAUUAA